UUUUCCUAUGUAAAGAUUUUCUCUUGUUUCAAUGAAACCCUAGAAAGGAUGCCAUAGCUUUGUUUGUAAGUGGUUGUUUCUGACAGUUCACUUCAAAACCCUGAAAAAAGUUUAUAAGGAUUUCCUCUUUAGGAAAGUCAAUGGGUAAAGUAAAUGCUCAUGUCAAUGAUAGUUAGAGCAAAACAAUUGAGCUAUUUUAUUAUUAUUAUUAUUUGUUCAUUGUUGAUCAAUGAUUCAGUGAAAGCAUUCUUUUUUGUUGAGUAUUUCUUCUGGGUUUGUUUUUUGCACUAAUUUGAUCUAUUAGGCGUUUAGAUACAUAUGGUUUAGGUUGAGGAUGUAUGUUCGGUGUAAAUUGUUGGAGCAUAAUUUUACUACUUAGCUAGGGUCCAAACCAAUCAUGCUCAUGCUGGUUGCCUAAUGUUGCUACUGAAAGCGUCAAAUUACAGCUUAUAUGUACGUGGCAAGUAAAGAUGAGACAUUUCCAGUAUCUCUUGAAAUAAUGAGAGAGAGAGAGAGAGAAAGAGGGAGAGAGCUGCUCUGUGCUAUUUUACUAUGUCUCGAUUACGAAUUUAGGUUUUUACAAAUUUUGGAUAGUCAUAGUAGUAAAAUGCUAAAUUAUUAGGUCAAACCUGGCAAUUGUGAAAACUUGGAGUAGCAGAGUUCUGAGUUUUGUGCAUAUUAGUUGUUUGGAUAUCAAUUAUAUGUUGGCUCAGAAUACCUACUUGCAUGCUUAGCUAUGGAGGCAAACUGCUUGAUAAAAUAUCUCUUCACCUUAGUUAAUUCUCUCUCUCUUUCUCACUCGGUGAGUGCGUGUGCAUAUUUUGAAGUUUGGGUUAGGGUCAGUGGUUCCUGUGCAGUGGCAAAGUCAGAAUUUUGGCUUAGAGGGGGCAAUAUUAAGUUCAGCCAAAGGGUUGUGUUUUCUGUAUACAAAAAUAAUAAUACUUACAGCUGACCAAAAAUUAUCAUAUUCACAUUUAUGUUAAAUAUAUUGUUGACUGAGUGUGUAUACGUAUCAAUAAAAUGUUUCUCUUAAUGAAGUAUUUGUGUAAUUUGCAAUGAUAAAUAAUAUAUAAUGAACCACUUCAAAGAAUCCCAAGACUAAUGUGUAAGCUACAUACUCUAGUAACUCGAUUCUUUAUCGAAUUAUCCCUUCUCUAAAUUUUGUUGGAUUAGCAUUCCUUGCCCGUGCAUACCAAAGUGUUAAAAGGAUUAUUUAUAGAUUAUUCUGAGCAAAUUAUUGAGCUCUUUGCUUAGUAAAGGAAAAAGUACUAGAACAAUGUCUGCACUCUAUCUUCCCCAAACCAAAUACAACCGUGUAAAAUUUGGCUUAAUAUUCUCAGAUUACUGCAACUAUUUUCGGUGUUAUGCUGCAGUCAUUGUUAUUAUUCUCGAAUUGUAGCAGGAAGGUAUUUAAGUCCAGGUAUGGCCCAGGUAACUUUAAUGCUUGGAUUUUCACUUAAUUUAGUAAUAAGAAGAGAGAGAGAACAAAGAGGUUUAAGUAGAGAAAGACAGAACAAGAUAAGUUUAAGCAUUGUGAUUAUGUUAUAUGUGAAAUAAAUAAUGGAGAAUUUACAGUACAAAUAACCUUUAGAGGGAGCAAAUUGCAGGGAUUUUUUUGAUAGCAAAAAAGAGAGUAGAGUUUUAAAAGAUUUAGAUUAAGUGACAUACAAUUUCAGAGGUGUAAUCCAAAUAAAAAAAAGAAAAGAAAUUAUGAAUAGGCAAACUGUAAUUCAGGGGGAGCAGCCCCCUCUGGUCCCCAAGUAGCCCCACCACCAUUCCUGUGGAUGAUUGAAACAAGUGAUUGAUACUUAUUUAAAGGAAAUUUUGGCAUUUACUUUGUGUAAUUCAUCAAUCUCCUGAAAUAGAUAUGCUCUGCAGGUUCAUGGGCUGAGUCUUAAAGAUAGUCUUUUUCUUCUUGUGACAUGGAUUACUCAUCCACUACAUCUCUUAUGCAGAUCUGAUACCCAGUUGCUUGUGCAUUCUGUGGCGAGGAAGAUUGAGUGAAAUGAAAACAUAAACUCUCUAUCUGCAAUGGAUUGGAAUGCUAAGUGGGACUGGGAAAACCUAAUCACGUUCAAUUCAAAAACUGUUGAAAGUCCUAAGAAGCAACCAACAGACUGGGAAAUUGGGGAGGGAGAAAUUGAUACAGUGUCUUUUAAUCUAUCUGGGGGUGGAGCUGUUGGUUCCAGCUCUGAUUUGGCACAUGGUUCUUCAGCAAGGAGCUCAGUAUCAGCUUCCAUGGAUUCUUCAUCAAAGGAGAUAUCAAAAAUGUCAAAGAUUGCUGUCGAGGCAUUUCAUGAUUUUCCUGAAGAUUUUGGCAAGAAGAAUGAAUUGGCCAGAACUGAGUUAGCUGGAACUUCUCUACCACUGGAGCCUUCAGUUAGCUCUGGUGAACUGUUGAUUGGUCUGAAGCUUGGUAAGCGGACAUAUUUUGAAAAUAAUUAUGCUGGGGAUAAUGCUAAGACUUCAUCUUUGUCUGUGAUUCCUGUAUCAUCUGCUGCCUCCACAGCAAAGAAAAUAAAAUCAUCUAGUCAGACGCAUCGCCCACGCUGCCAAGUUGAAGGUUGCAACCUUGACCUCUCAUCGGCUAAAGAGUAUCAUCGGAAGCAUAGAGUUUGUGAGAGUCAUUCGAAAUGCGCAAAGGUGGUUGUAUGUGGUCUAGAACGUCGGUUUUGCCAACAAUGUAGCAGGUUCCACAAUUUGUCAGAAUUUGAUGAGAAGAAGCGAAGCUGUCGUAAGCGGCUUUCUGAUCAUAAUGCACGUCGUCGCAAACCACAACAAGAUGCAAUUCAGUUUGAUUCAUCAAUGCUGCUGUCUUCUCCAUUUUUGGAUGGGAAGCAACAGAUGUGUUUUGCACUGAACAAUACCCCACUUCUUCGCACAAGAUCUUCUGCAAAUCCUACUUGGGAAAGCGCAUGCAGUUCCAAGUACUUCACACUAACAAAAGGGCACCUAUCGAGAUCUGGAAAAACUGGAGGCAUCGAUGGGCAGCCGCAAUUACCAGGCAUUGAGCUCUCACAUUCCAUCAGUAUGCUUGGUCAGAACACCAGAGCUGAGAUUUUCACUCGAGGUCCGAAGGAAUCUAUGCUCUCUUCCAACUUGGAUGCAGUGCCCAAUCUUCAUCGUGCUCUCUCUCUUCUGUCAACUGAUUCUUGGGGUUCUGAGUCACCAAACAUCAUACCUGACCACCCCAUUCAAAGAAAUUUCACUAGCAUGCCUCAGUUUGCGAUGCUUCCCCAAGGUUUGCCACUAACUUCUUCAGAAUACUGGCAAUCUGAAUGGUCUACCGAUGCCCGACGUGCGCAUAGCUUGACUACAAAUGACAGUGGCCAUUUCCAGGGAAUCAAGGUCUUCAAGUCAUCCAAUCUGUUGAACUGACAACUCGGACUCCAUUCAGCUGUUCCCUUCCUGAUAAGGGUUCAUGGUAAGGCUUUUUGGCUCGAUGGAGUUGUAAAUCGUCCCUUGACAGCUAACAAUCUGGUCUCAGAGCCCUCACUGCUUGCCAAACAAAUUUUUGAUUUAACUGUCUUUAUCUUUUUCAACUCUGGGAGAAGAUUGGUGAUUUUCCUUGAAUCGACAAAUUUGUUUUUGUUGUUUGGUUGGCCCUUUAGGGUCUUGUUAUUUUUAUUUUACUCUGUAUGUUGUUUGUUUUAUCUUAAUAUAACUGCUUUUUAUCUUUCUUAAAAAGAAAAAAAAAAAAAAAAAUCUUUUGUUUUA